GGACUUUCAUGAUUCAUAAUUUGUACUGUGUUGUAAUGUUACCUCUCGAAACUGACGUACUAGCACUUAUUGUUUUUUAUGGCCUUUCUGAGAUGGCUUUUAAAAGAGACAGCAAGUGACACAUGUUUAGGAAAGAUUUAAAAGUUUGCUGUGGUUGGAGUAGGUGUUAUUUAUCUAGUGCGGAGUGGAGGACUGGUGCUUCGCUGGACUUCUGUGACCAUCUCAGCAGCAAAGCCAGCAAUGAGUAAUCCAAUGGGCUGUGAGGCCAGUGCGACAGUUUGCGAUGGGGCAUCCUGCGUGGUACCUGAGGGCAAUUUCAACGCCAUUCUGAGUGUGGUCCUGAGUACCGUCCUGACCAUCCUACUGGCUUUGGUAAUGUUCUCCAUGGGAUGCAAUGUGGAAAUCAAGAAAUUCCUGUGGCACAUAAAGCGGCCGUGGGGCAUCUGUAUUGGCUUCCUCUGCCAGUUUGGAAUCAUGCCCCUCACAGGAUUCGUCCUGUCGGUGGCUUUUGACAUCCUCCCUCUCCAAGCAGUAGUGGUGCUGAUCAUGGGAUGCUGUCCUGGGGGAACUGCCUCCAAUAUCUUGGCCUAUUGGGCCGAUGGCGACAUGGACCUGAGCAUCAGCAUGACCACAUGCUCCACGCUACUUGCCCUGGGAAUGAUGCCGCUGUGCCUCCUAAUCUAUACCAAAAUGUGGGUCGACUCUGGGAUGAUCAUAAUCCCCUAUGAUAACAUAGGUACAUCUUUGGUUGCUCUUGUUGUUCCUGUUUCCGUUGGAAUGUUUGUUAAUCACAAGUGGCCCCGUCAAGCCAAGAUCAUACUUAAGAUCGGGUCCAUUGCAGGUGCAAUCCUUAUCGUGCUCAUAGCUGUGGUCGGCGGUGUGCUGUACCAAAGUGCCUGGAUCAUCGCCCCCAAACUGUGGAUCUUAGGAACCAUAUUUCCUGUGGCCGGUUACUGCCUGGGCUUUUUUCUAGCUAGAAUAGCUGGUCAGUCCUGGGACAGGUGCCGAACAAUUGCUUUGGAAACAGGGAUGCAGAACACACAGCUGUGCUCCACCAUCGUCCAGCUCUCCUUCACCCAAGAGGAGCUCAAUCUCGUGUUUACCUUCCCGCUCAUCUAUAGCAUUUUCCAGCUCCUCUUCGCAGCAAUAUUCUUAGGAAUUUACGUGGCAUACAAGAAAUACUGUGGGGAAAACAAAGCGGAAUUUCUAGAGGGGAGCAAAGAGAAAGAAAUAGUCUCCACGCAACCCGUCUACACGGAGAAUGGAGGAUUCCAACCAGAUGAGAAGUAGACGCCUAGAGGACAAAAGGAAUUCUAAAGAACAUGCUUCGGCCGCAACAAUACUGAAUUAUUUGUUGUGAUGGGAUAUUUGGCAGAAAAAAAGGUGAAAGUGAACGUUUAAAUUCCAAUUGAAUCCACACAUUGGUAUCGAGUGACUGGUGGUCCAAAUAUGUAACAUGACAAAUAUUUAUAUAUAUCUAUGUAUAUAUGUUAAAUAUACUGUCCUUGAAAUAUGCUCCCAAAAUGUCCUCAAAUCUCAGACUAAAUCUAACAUAGAUAACACUGAGAACCUCAUAACUCCUGAGCACAAAUUCUUAUCCAGGACCUCAUAACCCAGAGAGGAGAACCUGACUUCUGGAUGUUAAAAUAGAUGCAGUGAGUUAUUAUUACAAAGUGAGCAAGAUCGUCUCCAAUAUUUAUGAUUGUAAAAAGAUUGAAAUGAAUGUCUUCCACUGACAUUAUUUUGAAAACAUUGCAAGCUAUUUAUUUGUACAACUUUGUAGUAUAACAUGGGCAAAUAUCUGACUUCCCGUGUUUAUAAAGAAAUUAGCCUUCUCCAAGGACAGUCCAAAAGCAAAUAAGAGAAAAAUACCAGAUAGAAUUCAAUAACCAAAUUAAAAUCAAGCCCAUAACUCAUCAGUGAUAUUGUACAUUGGUUGCUCUGCCUCAGGAGUCCAGUGACACCCACUAGAUUUUUUAGGGGAGACUGAAAGAGCUUUUCAAGGUCUGCAGAGGGACUUUCUCGAGAUUUGCCUGCAUGUGGCAGAUUCACAUUGACUAAUACGAUCACUGCUCCAUUCCUAGGAAGCCCCACAGCAGGCAUGUGGCAGGAGGCACAAAGAUAACGGAAGUAUUGGAAGAAACACCUUUACUCUAGCGGGUGAAUUCAAUCCAAUGGGAGAGAAUAGGAAAUAUAUAGAAAAGCACAAAUAACAGAAGUGCACUGGAAAUGCGUGACUAGAGUCAAGUAGAUGUGCAGAAGUGAGUAUGGCAAGAGGGAGGGAGUCCGAGAGCCAUGGGGGUGGUGUUAAUCAGGAUUUGAGGAGGACAAGGACACUCCCAGGGCCCUGAAGUAGGAAAGCAUUGCCAAGUGAGUCCAUGAUGUGGUAAGCAGGGGUGACAGGAGGAAGCAAGCGGGGUGCAGCGGCCAGGAGGGACCACCAGCCAAGUGCUGGUCGCUCCAUUAUGAGUCUGACUUCAUUUCCUCUCCCUCAUUCUGCAGCAAGAUGAGGGUCUAUCCUUAACUCAGGUCACUGAUUUAGGUCCAUUUCCCACUUGGACAUCUGCACUGCCUCAAAGACUCCCUUUCAAACGUUUGGUCCCAGAGGGCCCUUUCUGUUUGGGGUCAGACCCCGCCGGGAGUCCUCCCCACUACAGGAACAGGAACACCAGCUCUGACCUUAGCUUUCAGUAGCGGGUCAAGGGAUUCUGUUUUUCAAUGUCCUAGCAUUCAUACCUUUUUAUACAACCUUCACAUUUACAAUUGAAUAGGGCUCCUGUAUUUCUCCAUCAUUAAAUAAAUAUAUUAAAAGCAGCUAAGGAUUUUUAUUCAGAGGUGGUAGGGGUGAGGUGGAACAGAUUUUCUUUUUAGGGAGUGUUAAAGAUUAUGCUUCUAGUGGUGCAAAAGCAAGAGUUUCAGUCUGUCUGUUAAGCACCACCUACACUUCCCCCGUCACACAGAAGACAGGCAGGUGUGUAAAGGCAUACUGUGAAUUUGCAUCAUAAUUUCAACACACCCAAAGUCAAGGGCCAGGAUGCCAGCAGCUGUAGCAAGCAGUUCUUCCCUCCCUGUUGAUCCACAGAUGUGUGAGAGACAGAACUUGUCUUUCCUACAUGAUGUGGUAUCUUGUGGAUUGUGGUUUUUUUCCCUAAUGUGCUAUAGGGAAGAAAAAUAGCUGAGCUUUUUUAAAUGACAGCUCUCUAUUUUUAAAUGAGUUUGAAAAGCUGAUUAAAUUAUGUAUUUUAUUGCCUCUGUGAGUAUCAUAUUAAAUGAGUGUUUUAUUUUAAAGGCUUGAA